AUGUCGACACAAGUCGGCGCUGUGGAGAGCAGCAUAAGCGGCAACCCCUUCGACUUCCUCGCGCCGGGGGGCAAUGAGCAGCAGCUGUGGGCGGAGGUGUACCUGAAGGAGUUCCCCGACGCCGCUGAGGUGGCGGAGAUGACGAUAGAGGAGCAGCGCGAGUUGUUGGCGGAUCUGCGCGAAGAGGUGGAGCUGCUCGACGAGGAGGCAACGGUGCUUGCACGCCAUGCCGAGAUACUCGCGUCGCCGCGUGGCCCCGCCGCCGUUGUGACGUCCUCCCCCAGCACUAAGAAGUCCUUCUCCACAUUUGUGCCAGUUGAGGCGCGACCGGGAGGAGGAGCGACACCGACAACGGCAGCGGUGCCAGCACGCGGGCCGGAGGAGAGUGUCGCGAGCGAAUCCGCCGCCGCGAUCAGUACCGAGGGAGGCGCGGAGAGCGUCAUUGACUCCAUAUCCACCGGCACACGUCGUGGGCAGGCGUACAGCCGCAAGUCAGUGGACACCGGCGACGCGUACGUAAGUCUCGAGGACCGUGUGACGAUGCUGACCAAGGAGCGUGACCGGUUGCGGCAGCAGAAGGACCGGGAUGAGCGCGAUGGCGAACACCUGCGUGAACUGUUAAUUGCCACAGUGGAGGAGGCGGUGAGCCGCGGGAAAGAGCUGCGGCUGGAGGUGCUGCAGUUUAACCGCGAGGUGAUUGACGAGCACAGCAACACCGCGUCCGCUGACGAUCUGCUGCGCUACAUGGAGAAGCGCCGCGACACGCAGGCCAAGUACCUAGACAAGCUAAGCGUGCAAUGCGCGGCGGCGGAGCGUAGCAUUCACCAGUCCCAGCAGCAGCUGCGCCAGCGCAACGCCGCAGGGGAGGCGUUCCACGCCAUUGACUUCGAGCAACUGCGCAUUGAAAACCAGCAGUUCAACGAGCGCAUUGAGCGCAAGAACCUGGAACUGGUGGAGCUGAAGGGCACCUCCACCCGCACAGUGCAGACGCUGAACACGCUCAUGGAUGCCCUCAACGGCCUCACAACGGAGCAGAACCGGUUGCGGAAAGACUUCAAGAGCCGCUGCGAGUACCUGGCGCGGCUGCAGCGUGAGAUGGUGUCCGUCGUUCACGAGGCGAAUGUUUCGGAACGCAAGAACGCGACCAUCAAGGCGCAGCAUGAGGCGGUUCGUGUGCCGAAGAUCGAGCACUACGUUGCGCAGAAGGCGGAGGAAUACGAAUUGCGGAAGGCAGAGCGCAACUGGAAUCGCAAGGUGGAGAUUGCGGAGGGGCAGCUGCACCUCGUGCAGCAGCAGAUACGGGUGCUGGCAGCGGCAACAGACCCCGCGCGGCGACGCCAUCGUCACGCUGCACACUACACAACCACAACCACAACCACAACCACACCGACCUCUGGCAAAACGGGCAAUACGCGUGCUAGCGGCAAUGCGUCGGUCUAUGUAGACGGGGUGGGGCGAAUUGAGGUGCAGGUGCAGAGCGCUCCUGUCGUGGGUGGCAGCAGAGCGCUGCUGAACAUGAAGCGAAGCAGUUGA